UCUGACCGAUGUCAGUCUCACAGAUUCUGGUGCCGAGGAUCUCGACUCCGCUCUCAUUACAAACCCAUCACUGACGGGGCUGAUCCUGAGUGGUAAUAAACUGGGGGAUUCAGGAGUGAAACUGGUGUCUGCGGCUCUGAGGAACCCGGAGUGUAAAAUACAGAGACUGGGGCUGAGGGGUGUCGGUCUCACAGAUUCUGGGGCCGAGGAUCUUGUCUCCGCUCUCAGUACAAACCCAUCACUGACGUGGCUGGAGCUGACAUCAAACUCUCUGACAGACCGAUCUGUCCCCGCUCUCCGCCGCCUCAUACUGACCCUCCGGAGCCUGAAGCUGAUCUGGCUGGCGGUGAAUCGGUUCAGUGAGACCGGGAUGAAGGAACUGAGAUCUCUACAGGGAGUCAGACCCGGACUGAUGGUGGAUCUGUGAACAUCUGAAUGUGGUGAAUCGGUUCAGUGAGACCGGGAUGAAGGAACUGAGAUCUCUACAGGGACCCAGACCCGGACUGAUGGUGGAUCUGUGAACAUCUGUAUGUGGUGAAUCGGUUCAGUGAGACCGGGAUGAAGGAACUGAGAUCUCUACAGGAACCCAGACCCGGACUGAUGGUGGUUCUGUGAACAUCUGAAUGUGGUGAAUCGGUUCAGUGAGACCGGGAUGAAGGAACUGAGAUCUCUACAGGAACCCAGACCCGGACUGAUGGUGGAUCUGUGAACAUCUGAAUGUGGGGAAUCGGUUCAGUGAGACCGGGAUGAAGGAACUGAGAUCUCUACAGGAACCCAGACCCGGACUGAGAGUGGAUCUGUGAACAUCUGAAUGUGGGGAAUCGGUUCAGUGAGACCGGGAUGAAGGAACUGAGAUCUCUACAGGAACCCAGACCCGGACUGAUGGUGGAUCUGUGAACAUCUGAAUGCGGGGAAUCGGUUCAGUGAGACCGGGAUGAAGGAACUGAGAUCUCUACGGGAACCCAGACCCGGACUGAUGGUGGAUCUGUGAACAUCUGAAUGUGGUGAAUCGGUUCAGUGAGACCGGGAUGAAGGAACUGAGAUCUCUACAGGAACCCAGACCCGGACUGAGAGUGGAUCUGUGAACAUCUGAAUGUGGAGAAUCGGUUCAGUGAGACCGGGAUGAAGGAACUGAGAUCUCUACAGGAACCCAGACCCGGACUGAUGGUGGAUCUGUGAACAUCUGAAUGUGGGGAAUCGGUUCAGUGAGACCGGGAUGAAGGAACUGAGAUCUCUACAGGAACCCAGACCCGGACUGAUGGUGGAUCUGUGAACAUCUGAAUGUGGGGAAUCGGUUCAGUGAGACCGGGAUGAAGGAACUGAGAUCUCUACAGGAACCCAGACCCGGACUGAUGGUGGAUCUGUGAACAUCUGAAUGUGGGGAAUCGGAUCAGUGAGACCGGGAUGAAGGAACUGAGAUCUCUACAGGAACCCAGACCCGGACUGAUGGUGGAUCUGUGAACAUCUGAAUGUGGGGAAUCGGUUCAGUGAGACCGGGAUGAAGGAACUGAGAUCUCUACAGGAACCCAGACCCGGACUGAUGGUGGAUCUGUGAACAUCUGAAUGUGGUGAAUCGGUUCAGUGAGACCGGGACGAAGGAACUGAGAUCUCUACAGGAACCCAGACCCGGACUGAUGGUGGAUCUGUGAACAUCUGAAUGUGGGGAAUCGGUUCAGUGAGACCGGGGAGAAGGAACUGAGAUCUCUACAGGAACCCAGACCCGGACUGAGAGUGGAUCUGUGAACAUCUGAAUGUGGGGAAUCGGUUCAGUGAGACCGGGAUGAAGGAACUGAGAUCUCUACAGGAACCCAGACCCGGACUGAUGGUGGAUCUGUGAACAUCUGAAUGUGGGGAAUCGGUUCAGUGAGACCGGGAUGAAGGAACUGAGAUCUCUACAGGAACCCAGACCCGGACUGAUGGUGGAUCUGUGAACAUCUGAAUGUGGGGAAUCGGUUCAGUGAGACCGGGAUGAAGGAACUGAGAUCUCUACAGGAACCCAGACCCGGACUGAUGGUGGAUCUGUGAACAUCUGAAUGUGGGGAAUCGGUUCAGUGAGACCGGGAUGAAGGAACUGAGAUCUCUACAGGAACCCAGACCCGGACUGAGAGUGGAUCUGUGAACAUCUGAAUGUGGGGAAUCGGUUCAGUGAGACCGGGAUGAAGGAACUGAGAUCUCUACAGGAACCCAGACCCGGACUGAGAGUGGAUCUGUGAACAUCUGAAUGUGGUGAAUCGGUUCAGUGAGACCGGGAUGAAGGAACUGAGAUCUCUACAGGAACCCAGACCCGGACUGAUGGUGGAUCUGUGAACAUCUGAAUGUGGUGAAUCGGUUCAGUGAGACCGGGAUGAAGGAACUGAGAUCUCUACAGGGAGUCAGACCCGGACUGAUGGUGGAUCUGUGAACAUCUGAAUGUGGGGAAUCGGUUCAGUGAGACCGGGAUGAAGGAACUGAGAUCUCUACAGGGAGUCAGACCCGGACUGAGAGUGGAUCUGUGAACAUCUGAAUGUGGGGAAUCGGUUCAGUGAGACCGGGAUGAAGGAACUGAGAUCUCUACAGGAACCCAGACCCGGACUGAUGGUGGAUCUGUGAACAUCUGAAUGUGGGGAAUCGGUUCAGUGAGACCGGGAUGAAGGAACUGAGAUCUCUACAGGAACCCAGACCCGGACUGAUGGUGGAUCUGUGAACAUCUGAAUGUGGUGAAUCGGUUCAGUGAGACCGGGAUGAAGGAACUGAGAUCUCUACAGGGAGUCAGACCCGGACUGAUGGUGGAUCUGUGAACAUCUGAAUGCGGGGAAUCGGUUCAGUGAGACCGGGAUGAAGGAACUGAGAUCUCUACGGGAACCCAGACCCGGACUGAUGGUGGAUCUGUGAACAUCUGAAUGUGGUGAAUCGGUUCAGUGAGACCGGGAUGAAGGAACUGAGAUCUCUACAGGAACCCAGACCCGGACUGAGAGUGGAUCUGUGAACAUCUGAAUGUGGAGAAUCGGUUCAGUGAGACCGGGAUGAAGGAACUGAGAUCUCUACAGGAACCCAGACCCGGACUGAUGGUGGAUCUGUGAACAUCUGAAUGUGGGGAAUCGGUUCAGUGAGACCGGGAUGAAGGAACUGAGAUCUCUACAGGAACCCAGACCCGGACUGAUGGUGGAUCUGUGAACAUCUGAAUGUGGGGAAUCGGUUCAGUGAGACCGGGAUGAAGGAACUGAGAUCUCUACAGGAACCCAGACCCGGACUGAUGGUGGAUCUGUGAACAUCUGAAUGUGGGGAAUCGGAUCAGUGAGACCGGGAUGAAGGAACUGAGAUCUCUACAGGAACCCAGACCCGGACUGAUGGUGGAUCUGUGAACAUCUGAAUGUGGGGAAUCGGUUCAGUGAGACCGGGAUGAAGGAACUGAGAUCUCUACAGGAACCCAGACCCGGACUGAUGGUGGAUCUGUGAACAUCUGAAUGUGGUGAAUCGGUUCAGUGAGACCGGGACGAAGGAACUGAGAUCUCUACAGGAACCCAGACCCGGACUGAUGGUGGAUCUGUGAACAUCUGAAUGUGGGGAAUCGGUUCAGUGAGACCGGGGAGAAGGAACUGAGAUCUCUACAGGAACCCAGACCCGGACUGAUGGUGGAUCUGUGAACAUCUGAAUGUGGGGAAUCGGUUCAGUGAGACCGGGAUGAAGGAACUGAGAUCUCUACGGGAACCCAGACCCGGACUGACAGUGGAUCUGAGGACAUUUAGCCUUUAACCUUUAUCUUACCUGGAACCCAGACCCGGACUGAUGGUGGAUCUGAAUGUGUGAACAUCCCCGCCCGCGGGAUGGGGACAUUUGGCCGACUCCCCGCCCUCCCCUUUAACUCCCGCCCUUACCUUUAACGGCCGCGCGCCGGGGCUGAUUCCCAACGGUUUUAACGGAACCGGCUCGGGCCUCGCGCUGUGUGCGUCGCUCGCAGCGGUCCCGCAGUGACGUGUUUCCGCCUGUUGUCCGGCGGGGCAGCAUCCGCCGGAAGUGCGUGUUGGAGACGCCCCACGUGACUCCCCGGGGAAUUACCCGGACAGGAAGAGCCCGGGGUCCGGGGCUCAGUCUGGGACACCGGUGUCCCGGGGUGGGGGGAUGGUCCCGGGAGAGAAUCCUUUUGCCCCCUUUGCUGAGGACGGUGCAUUCGGCAGCCUGGCCGAUAUAAUGAUGUUAAAUGGACAAAUCCCUCGGCAGUGACCCUGGAUCUGCAGCGAUCCCGGACACGGCCCCGAAGUGUGAUUUUAUAAUCAGUUUUAUAAUUUUAUAAUCAGUUCCCCGAUGCAGAGUGACGGUGAGAAACGGGACUGAUUAUUAUUCAACCGGUCACCCCUUGUCGCCGGUCAGUUAAUUGUGUGUGACUGUGAGCAGAUCAUUUAUUCCUGCACCUUAGCAGCUCACACAUUGUUUCAUUGAUAUUUCUCAUAAAAAAUCAAUAAACCACUAUCUUCCUGUCUUGUGUCUGACUCGAGAUUAAUUUGAGGUUUCUGUUCCAUCACACACUCCCGGGGUCAGACACAGAGUGAAUCUCCCUCCUCACUGUCCCAUCACACACUCCUGGGUUCAGACACGGAGUGAAACUAAGGUUGAUGAUACUAAGGUAGGAGGUGUUGUGGAUAAUGAGGUGGAUUUUCAAAGCUUGCAGGGAGAUUUAUGCCAGUUAGAAGAAUGGGCUGAACGUUGGCAGAUGGAGUUUAAUGCUGAGAAGUGUGAGGUUCUAAAUUUUGGC